GGCGAUCCUUUCUGGCUUUUCUACCUUGCUUCUCAUCCCCCCUCUCGUUCCCACUCGUGUGCGAGCGAGUGGGAGAGCCAUGGAGCCAAGAGCCUGGACUCUGCAGUGUACUGCUUUCGCUCUCUUUUGCGCUUGGUGUGCAUUGAAUAACGUAAAAGCGAAGAGGCAGUUUGUGAAUGAAUGGGCGGCGGAGAUCCCCGGGGGACCGGAGGCAGCCUCAGCGAUAGCCGAGGAGCUGGGCUAUGACCUUUUGGGUCAGAUUGGGUCACUUGAAAAUCACUACUUAUUCCAACAUAAAAACCAUCCUCGGAGGUCUCGAAGGAGUGCCCUUCAUAUCACUAAGAGAUUAUCUGAUGAUGAUCGUGUGCUAUGGGUUGAACAACAGUAUGAAAAAGAGAGAAGUAAACGUUCAGUUCUAAGAGACUCAGCACUAGAUCUCUUCAAUGAUCCGAUGUGGAAUCAGCAGUGGUACUUGCAAGAUACUAGGAUGACUGCAGCCCUGCCCAAGCUGGACCUCCAUGUGAUACCUGUUUGGCAAAAAGGCAUUACAGGCAAAGGAGUUGUUAUCACUGUACUGGAUGACGGCUUGGAGUGGAAUCACACAGACAUCUAUGCCAACUAUGAUCCAGAGGCUAGCUAUGAUUUUAAUGAUAAUGACCACGAUCCAUUUCCCCGAUAUGAUCCCACAAAUGAGAACAAACAUGGGACCAGAUGUGCAGGAGAAAUUGCCAUGCAAGCAAAUAAUCACAAGUGUGGGGUCGGAGUUGCAUACAAUUCCAAAGUUGGAGGGAUAAGAAUGCUUGAUGGCAUUGUGACGGAUGCUAUUGAAGCCAGCUCAAUUGGAUUUAAUCCUGGACAUGUGGAUAUUUACAGUGCGAGCUGGGGCCCUAAUGAUGAUGGGAAAACUGUGGAGGGGCCUGGCCGACUAGCCCAGAAGGCUUUUGAAUAUGGUGUCAAACAGGGGAGACAAGGAAAGGGCUCUAUCUUCGUCUGGGCUUCUGGGAAUGGGGGGCGUCAGGGAGAUAACUGUGACUGUGAUGGGUACACGGACAGUAUCUACACCAUCUCCAUCAGCAGUGCCUCGCAGCAAGGCCUAUCCCCCUGGUACGCUGAGAAGUGCUCCUCUACGCUGGCCACCUCGUACAGCAGCGGGGAUUACACCGACCAGCGAAUCACGAGUGCUGACCUGCACAACGACUGCACAGAGACCCACACAGGUACCUCUGCCUCAGCACCCCUGGCUGCUGGCAUCUUCGCUCUGGCCCUGGAAGCAAAUCCAAAUCUCACCUGGCGAGAUAUGCAGCACUUGGUUGUCUGGACCUCUGAGUAUGACCCACUGGCCAAUAACCCUGGAUGGAAAAAGAAUGGAGCAGGCUUGAUGGUGAAUAGUCGAUUUGGAUUCGGGUUGCUAAAUGCCAAAGCUCUGGUGGAUUUAGCUGAUCCCAGGACCUGGAGCAGUGUGCCUGAGAAGAAGGAGUGUGUUGUAAAGGACAAUGACUUUGAGCCCAGAGCUCUGAAAGCUAAUGGAGAAGUUAUCAUAGAAAUUCCAACAAGAGCUUGUGAAGGGCAAGAAAAUGCUAUCAAGUCACUGGAACAUGUGCAAUUUGAAGCAACAAUUGAAUAUUCCCGCAGAGGAGACCUUCAUGUCACCCUCACUUCUGCUGCUGGAACCAGCACCGUACUGUUGGCUGAAAGAGAGCGGGAUACAUCUCCUAAUGGCUUUAAGAAUUGGGACUUCAUGUCUGUUCAUACAUGGGGAGAGAAUCCCAUAGGCACUUGGACUUUGGGAAUUACAGACAUUUCUGGAAGAAUGCAAAAUGAAGGAAGAAUCGUGAACUGGAAGCUAAUUCUGCAUGGGACCUCUUCUCAACCAGAACACAUGAAACAGCCCCGAGUGUACACGUCCUACAACACCGUUCAGAAUGACCGAAGAGGGGUGGAGAAGAUGGUGGAUUCGGGGGAGGAGCAGCCCACGCAAGACAACCUGAAUGAGAACCCUCUGGCAUCCAAAAGCCCCAGCAGCAGCGGUGUGGGGGGCAGAAGGGAUGAGCUGGCAGAGGCAACCCCUUCUGAGGCCAUGCUACAACUCCUACAAAGCGCUUUCAGCAAAAACUCACCCCCAAAGCAAUCAGCAAAGAAGUCUCCAAGUGCAAAGCUCAACAUCCCUUACGAAAAUUUCUAUGAAGCCCUGGAAAGGCUGAACAAACCUUCCCAGCUUAAAGACUCUGAGGAUAGUCUGUAUAAUGACUACGUUGAUGUUUUCUAUAACACGAAACCUUAUAAGCACAGGGAUGACCGGCUGCUGCAAGCUCUGGUGGACAUUCUGAGGAAGGAAAAUUAAAAUGAGUGGUGGUCCUAAGUUGGAAAUAGUCAUGCUUUUUCCUUCCUGUUAGAUAUUGCCUGUGUCUGAAGUGGUUGUUUUGUCAUUGAUUCUUCUGCCUGUAAUAUCCUUUGCGGUACUUUUUCUUUUUCUCCCCAACCUGGAUAGUUGAAAGCUAUGAGCUCAAGCAGUAAAUCCAACUUCCUGAAUUGAUUAUAGCUCUUUCAAAACACAGCUUCCCUGCCUGCACAAGUCAAAUGUUUUGUUCUUUCUGGAGCCACGGUUCACACGUGGUCCUCAUACCACAUGAGAAUGCCUCCUCAGGCCUCCCGUUUCAUGUCUGAAAAGAAAAGG